CAGACAUUGAGUAGAACUCUAGCACUCAGUGAACAGACCUUUAAAUCAUAGAUUGGUUUGAAUUGAAUUGAUUUGAUUUGAUUUGGUUGGGAAUGCAAUCACUGUUUGAAUCGUUGUUAUAAGCAAUCGAUUGCUUUGCACACAACUCUCAUAAGUGUGUGAACACUUGCAUUGAAUUAGUGGUGAAGUCAUAGCAAGUGUUGUCGCCAUUUGUCUAACCCUUGAAUAACACGUAAAUGACAUCAAAAUGGCCUCAACUCUGAUGACUGAAGUUAAUGGCAGCAAAAGGACCCGAACUAUACAGGAGAUGAACACAUCCGUGGCCGCAGCCUUUCAA